AUAGGUGAUGCCCUCUGAAACAACCCUCCUUAACAGGGCCGUCAGGAAAGCUCGCUCCUCAUGGAAGUGGUCCAGAUGGUCUGUUACUCUCUGCCUGUUGGUAUGAAGACAAACAUCUUGCAGGAAAUGAAAAUCUGGUAGUGUGCACUGUGUGAGUGCAGGUGGGGAUAGGUUAAUAUCAACAACGUUGGUGCUUGGUCACCUAGGUGAUGGAUCUUGCUGCUAUAGUAACUUGGAGGGUAUCUUGCUUAUCAAACAUGAAUUUUAACAAAGAGGAAUGUUUUAAGGAGUUUGUAUUUGUGUCUCCCUGGGGCUGUCUGCUGCCUUUUUAAAAUAUUGACAGGAACUGUAUAAUGAGACUCUUACUUCAAUGUUUUAUUCCCCAUUUUUUUGUUUGGAACUGUGUCCUGGAAAAGGCCUGAUAUUUAUGCCCAAGCAUCAAACUUAGGGUGGAGAUUUUCAAAGAAAGGUAAUGCUGUUGCUUAUUGCCUUCUGAACUCUGGCUCCUUAUACCUGUCCCUUACUGUAAAGCUGACACUUUGACCUGUAUUCCGAGGAGUUCGAACCAACGUAGUACACAUCUGCAGGCAUCCACAGGGAUUUUUUGUAUUCUUGUGCCAUUGUGCAGCCAUGUGCUCUUACAGGGUCAUUUCUGGAACGGGGAUAUUCUCAGUGUGGCUUGUGGUAGAUUGUAGGACACUGUAACUUCUUCUCUUGACUCAGAAAAAGAAGAGAUUUUAAUACAUGAAGUGCUUUCAGCUCAUUAACAGUGUUAAACACUUACCAUGAAGGUGGAGCAGGGCCAGCAUGUGCAGCGCAGGACUUCACCAAGGCAGAGGUCAGUGUGAACAGGGAGUCAUCAAAUACAGCAGCCCAGUCAUCAGAAGCAAAUCUGUGGAAAUUUCCUAAAGGGCAACCCUAGUCAUGCUUGGAAGGUCCAAGGGAGUGCUCUGAUGUCCCACCUCACGGUACUGAAGCUUUGCCUGCUCCUGGCACAGCCAGCUGUGUGGCUGUAGGUGCAGCCGUGUCAGAUGUUUUGAAAAAGCCUGAGUCAUGGCACUUGGGCUGUAAUUUAAACCUGAAAAUACUGCCUCUGGGCAUUGACAAGGCUUUUUAAAUGAUCUCCUAACCAGCAUCUUCACUGGCAGAAGAGGGAUCAGGUGUGUCCAUGUGAUCGGCUACCUGAUGGUUUCUUAUGUGUAGGAUUAAAGCAGCAUACAAAUUAUUUGAAACAGUGGUAAUUGGUGGGGAGAGAUACAGUUUAGUAGGUCUUGAAGACAGAGACACAGGGAAAUGGAGACUGCUCUUGAAUGAUGCUCUGUAUAUAAAGUCCUCUGGGUUUGGUAUGUCUAUGCCACAAAGAGGAGAAAGGGUGUGCUGUAGUUUGGUCAUCUGCUUGUAAUCUGGAUUGCUGUCGUUCCUGGGCAGAGAGAUGUCGAGCAGUGAGAUUUUUCAUCCCUCUUGGGUUCAAGGGAAUGGUAGUUUUCUAAGCAUGUAACGUAAGACGUUCAUCAAGAUCUGGUAAUUAGAGGGACAGAGCAGACUCCUUUCUGAGGAUGUGGCUGUGUUGAAACACCACCACAGCAAUUAUCUCUGAGCUUUGAGAACCAGUUCUUCAACAGUCAGACUCCUGGAAAGAGACCACGGUUUUUCUCCUCCCCUGCAUAAAAUCUGCUGAAGAACUGGUACGGGUUUUUAGUGUCGCACUGCUCCUCCUCUGUGUAUUCUGCCCUUGCCAGAAUGGGUUUAAUUCAGACUGAGCAUGCUCACUUGCUCUUAGCAAGCCCUGAAAAAGAGGAAAACAUAACAAUACAAAUACAGAUAGGGUAUUUCAGGUGCUAUCUCCAAGCCACCUCUGUCCUCCCCUCUCUCACCGUCGCUCACCACUCACACAUACCUGUUCAGGGGUGUUGAUAUCACAGUAGGCAACCGAGCAUUCCCCAGCGCCCUGGCUGUGCCCUGCAGCGACUGUGCUCCCGUGGGUGACUGAUCACAGGGGUUCAGGUCACACCCAGGGCAUAGCUGCUCCCUCCCUGCUUGCUGAGAUGCAGAGACUUUUUUUUCAUUUUCAAUCCAGACCGAAGGAUGCUAAGUGAUAGUCUUUUGUAGACUAGAAUUUAUAAAAGAGAAAACUGAGCUACCUAGAGAUCCCUAGUUUCCAGGAGGGAAACUAAUCCAGGAUAAUCUUUACUAUUAGGGGAAAAUUGCUCUGUUGUUAUUUUUGAAGUAUGUAAUGGUAACAGAUUUCCAAUUACCCUCCCAGGGCUUCCUGCUCCUGCCUAACCAGCGGUUUGGCUUCAAAGAGGAGAAAAGAAGGAACAGAAAGCUCUGUCCAUGAUAGCCGUAGCAGGGAUGGGAACGUUCCCCUGGCUGGUCAGCACACACACACGGGAGCAACAGGGACUUCAGCUGUAACUUUCCAUGGGAACUGCUGGACUGAUGUGCUGCCUUUGGUCAGGAGGAGCCGGCUCCUGCAGUGCAGGGCCGGAGGUCAUCGCUCAGUGGGGUGUGCUACCUGACCAUGGGUCUCCUUGUCCUGCUCCUGGGCUUGGGCUUUGCGUCAAUGUAUGUGUACAGAUACUUCUUCAUCACCCAGCUGCCCCGCGAGAGUGUGUUUCACUGUGGUAUCCUUUACGAAGAUUCGCUGUAUUCACCAUUCAAAGGGCAGCUGGAGUUGCACGAAGAUGUCAAGAUUUACAUUGAGGAGAACUAUGAGCAAAUCAAUAUCCCAGUGCCGCAGUUUGGAGGGAGUGACCCUGCGGAUAUCAUCCAUGACUUCCAGCGAGGUUUGACAGCUUAUCAUGACAUAAUGCUGGAUAAAUGCUAUGUCAUUGAGCUGAACACCACCAUCGUGAUGCCUCCUCGGAACCUGUGGGAGCUGCUGGUGAACGUGAAGAAAGGGACGUACCUGCCUCAGACAUACAUAAUCCAAGAGGACAUGAUCGCAACUGAGCACAUCAGUGACAUGGAACAGCUUGGCUCCUUCAUCUACCGCCUGUGCAGUGGCAAGGAUACUUACAGGCUGAAGCGGAGGAGCACAAGAAGACGUAUCCGUCGACGUGAGGCUGAAAACUGUCAUCAUAUUCGUCACUUUGAAAACACCUUUGUGGUUGAAACUGUUAUCUGCAAGAAGUCAUGAAGCCACUCUGCAGACAUAACCUUCCUUGGCUUUGCUUGCAUAUACAUGCUCCCAGCCCUCUCUUUAGACAUGGUAAUCUGUCUCACUUUUUUACUACCUGCCCCGCUUGUGCAGCUCUAACAUCUUGGGUCUGUUGUGGCCUCACAGUGGAUUCUAUUCUCUCCCUACCACCUACCUGAGGCAUUUGCUGGGCUUAAAUUUACACAGUGGUCAAAGAUAACCUGGGAGUAGAUGCGAAGUCUUCCAUACCACAGGACAAGAAUUCCUUUGGGAGCCAGUCAGAGGUGGAAGGGAAGGCCAAGAAAUAGGAGUGCUGGAAAUGAGUGCUCUUUCCCUGGCUGAGGGGUUUCCUUGGCACUGGGACAGAAAGUGCACCACAGGAGAAGGUUUACCACUUUGAUGCUGAUGUAAUGACCAUAAAUAUGUAACCAGAUGCGCUUAGGAAAAUAAUAGUUGCAAAGACAGGGUGAUUUGGAAACCUAGGCAGAGGGAGGGUUCCUGCCCAAACCAUGCUUUGGAGGUCCCAGCGUGCUAUGUGCUGUCCCCAUCAAGACCAGCUUUCCAAACAUGGGAAGCAGCUGCUAUGUGUUGGUUUUAUGACUGGCUCCUGGACUCAACCCUCGCCAUUUGGUAGUCUCCUCCUGUGCGUGGCACGGCUCAGCAUGACCCACUGAGCAAUAGGAGGUGUCCUUUUCAGGGUGGGCAGGAGGCCAGGGCAAGGGACAAUGUGUUGGGCUGGGAAUGACAAGAAUGACACAGCACAUCCCUGAUUCCUGGCAAGGGUUGAAGUGCAAGGCUGAGUAGGCUUUUCUGUCACACGCAGUCACAUCUACUGUGGAUCCUGGGCAGAUUUGCUGUCACUUAGCCCAUGUAAAUAAAGAGGUGAAUCUUUGAAGCAAGGUGCCAGAACUCUGCUGAUGUCCUUUCUAUAGGCCAUGGCUGCCUAUAAACCUGAGAGGUUUAUUCCAGCCCUGCGUCUGUCCUGGCUAUCUCUGUUUGUCUGGGAAGAUGAGUGAGGUAGGUUCAUCAUUCUUCUUGAGCUGUCAGAUUCCAUCUGUGUGCAGAUAGGGUGCCGUGCCUACGUAUAAAGUGGUGUCAGCAGCAGAACUGCUAGUUACUGGCAAGUGCAGAAGCAGAAUUUUUAAAUUUUUUUACAAGGGAGAGUGUGCUAGUUAUUCUUGUUAGUUGGUUUCCAGCAAAUCUGGACUUGUUCACCAUAUGUUGAAAUGAGCUUGUUGUUUUAGGAGAGGGAAGAUUAAGUAAAUUCAAGUACAAUCAUUAACUCAGCAGAGGUAAAUAAAGUGAAUAUACUUUAGAAUUAAACUUUUAAGUAAUAAUACUGUAAGUUAAUUAUGCAAAACCAAAAGGGGAUCUCAAAGUGGUCCUGUCACCUAAGAGGAAUUCAUUAUGUCCUUAGAGGCUGAGGGUUUAUUUAUUUGUAUAAACAUAGUCAGCUAUAAACAUUAAGCUUUAACAGGUAGAGGAGGACACUUUGGUUUCAUUCUGCUUUAAACUUGAUGUAAAAUGAAGAAUUAUAUGUAGUUUUGCAGGCUGAUAAGGAUAGUUUCCCACUGCGGGGGGGCGGUAUUUGCUUUUCUGUAGUACUGUUGCAUUUUUCCAAUGAUAACUUGCUGCUAGCCCUAACCUUUCAUUGCAGAGUGGGUGAUAAGAAGUGGGUCAGAGAAUUGUUUUGUUAAUAGCAGUACUGCAGACUGGUAAAUUUAAGCCCAGCAUUUCUCUUCGUUUCUAGGAACUUAAGCCUGCACUCAGGUGAGCAUCCAGAUCUUUUCCCCCUUCCUUCUGAUUCUGCAUUAAUUAACUGGUCAUUAAAUAUGCUAAUUGUGUUCAAUCUUGCAUCUGUAAGGACAAACCGUGGUUCUUCAAGGUGAACUAACAUGGUCACUGUUUCAUAGGAUAAGAAUGCAGUUGUCUAGAAAGAAAACAUAUGAUGCUUUGUAUAUUUUGUCUGGUAGAACUCUUACUUCUUAGGAAAAAUCCAUGGGAUAAUAAAACAUUUUACCUGUCAUA